AUGGAUAAUACCUAAGUAGAAACAUUAUAUUAGCGUUUAUCAGAAUGCAUUAAGGAAAGAAAUCAUGAUCAAGUAGUCAAAGUCUGUGACUAAAUCUUGUAAAAGAAGUAAGAUGAUAAAGUUUUAAGAUGUAGAAUGGUUGCUUUGCUUAAAUCAGAAAAAUACACAACUCUUUAAGCUGAAUACGAAAAAGGUGGAGCAGGUUAAGGUGAUGAGCAAUAAUAGCUUGCAUAUGCAUAUUAUCUUUACUGCAGUGAAAAAUAUGAUGAUUGCUUAAAGUUUUUAAAUUAGGCUAAUAAUCAAUCAAUGCAAUUUUAAGUUCUUUAAGCUUAAACUCUUAACAAACUUUCUAAAUUUAGCUUAUCUGCAGAACUUUAUGCUUAAAUUCUUAAAAAAUUCCCCAAAACCGACGAUUAUUCAGAUUUACUUGUUAAUGCUAUUGCCUCCUCCAUUUAAACCAAUGAUUAGCAAAUUUAAAAGAACAUUCAAAGUUUGGUUGAGGAAUAUUUGAAAAACCAAAAGUAGCCUAAUAAUGAACUUAUUUAUAACUAUGGUACUCUUUUAGGUUGCCUUCAUGAGACAGAAAGAUCAAGAGAUAUGCAAUUAAAGUUUAAGCAAAUGAUCCAAGAAGAUAAUGAUAAACAAGAUGAAAUUAUGGCUGUUCUUUAAGCAGAUUAUGCUGAUUUUAUAAACAAUAAGUACUUAGUUGGUGAAGAGAUUGAGAAAAAGAUUAAAUAGUAUGAAGAGUUCUAAAAAUAAAAUUUAACUGAUAAAAACUUGAAGGCAGUAUUAAAUAAUAAUAUUGUUGUUUUCCGUUAUCAACAUAAGCACGAAUAAUAUGGUGAUUCUCUUAAGUUGAUUGAUGAAGCUAUAUAGAGCAAAUUCAAGUAGACCUAAGAAUAGAUAUUUGUCUUUAAGCUAAAUAAAUCCCUUUUACUUAUUUAGAAAGGUAAAUUUUAAGAAGCACUAACUUUGCUUAAUGAAAUCGAGCACAAUUUCUCAAAUCUCGAUAAAAACAUUAAAUUUUUAUCUGUAAAGAUCUAUAUUCUUAUGAAGUCCAAAAAGGAUGAUUUACUUAACAACUUCUUAAAUUAAUUGAACACUAAUAUUUUGACUAACUCUCAAGCUCCCUAUGAUUUGAGAAUUGAAGUAUUUUUACUUUUAUCUGAAGUAGCUCGUUCAUAAGGCUCUUCAUAGUAAAUCCUUUAGAAUUUCUAAGCUCUUCACAAUUCUACUUCUGAUAAGACUCUUCUUUACGAAAAUGAGAUUAUCUGCUGUUUUAUUCUUUCCUACAUUUCAAAGAUUAAAUCAGAUGAAAAUACUUCUUUAAUAUAACCAAUAUUAAAUUAAAUUGCUACUAACACUCACAAUCCUUAAGUCUUGUAAUAUCUUGGUGACGUUUAUUCAAAGACUGAUGCAAACAUUGCACUCCAAAUUUACACUAAGCUUGCUUAAUAAUUCCCUAAGGAGAGUUCUUAUUAACAACGUCUUGCUAAGUUGCACAGCAGCAAAGGUGAAUUUGAAAAAGCCCAAUCCUACCUAAAAAACAUCAAAUUCAACGUUAUCGAGGACUACACAGAGCUUACAAGACUUGAAAGUGAAAUUGCUCUUUCUAAAAUUUAGACUAAAUCUUCUACAACUCCAGCAACUCACGUUGCUAAAAAAAUUACUAAACCCAAGAAGAAAAGAGUUAGAUAUCCCAAGGGAUUCGAUCCUAAAAACCCAGGUCCUCUCCCAAAUCCAGAAAGAUGGUUACCUAAAUGGGAAAGAAAAGAUUUUAAAAAGAAGAAAGGAGCUGCCCUUAAUUCAAGAACUCAAGGUUCUUCAGCAGCUGCUCAAGAUACUUCUACUAGCAAAACAUUCGCAGUUAGUAACAGUACAGCUCAUAUCAAAGCCAAAGAAAAGAGUAAAAAUAAGAAAAACAAAAAGAAAUGA